GAAGAAGAAGAAGAAGAAGAAGAAGAAGAAGAAGAAGAAGAUGAUGAGCAGCAGACAGGUGACGGAGUACCUGUCUCACCAUCACCUCCCUCAGCUGCUGGAGAGUCUGCUGACGGGUCUGCUGUACAACCGUCCCCAAGACCCUGUCAGCUUCCUGAAGUGCUGCCUGACCAGAACCACUGAGCUGGGGGGGGCCGGGGCUGUCACUUGGGACACCUUCAUCCACCUGCUGGGCCCCGGACCCCCAGAAACCACAUCAACACCCCCAAAAACAGCAUCUAUACCCCCCAGAACCCCACCUGCACGUCCAAUAAACCCCCCGAUACCCCAAACAACACCUGUUCCCCAAGGAAAAAAACCCAUACUCCAAACAACACCUGUUCCCCAAGGAAAACCCCCCAUACUCCAAACAACACCUGUUCCCCAAGGAAAAAAACCCAUACUCCAAACAACACCUGUUCCCCAAGGAAAACCCCCCAUACCCCAAACAACACCUGUUCCCCAAGGGGGAAAAACCAUAACCCAAACAACUAUUGUACCCCAGCCAAAAAAACCCAUACUCCAAACAACACCUGUACCUCAGGUAAAACCCCCCAUACCCCAAACAACACCUGUACCUCAGGUAAAAACCCUGAUACCCCAAACAACACCUGUACCUCAGGUAAAACCCCUGAUGCCCCAAAGGUGCCCUCCUUCCCCUCUGUUAAUAUCUCUGACGUCCACAGGAGCGCCACCAGCUAAAGGCUGCCCCUCCAUGAACCUCAGAGCCUCUGUCCCACCUGUCCUGCCCCCCCAGGUGUUUUCUGGCAGAAGUGAAACCCCACCAGGACCCAAAACAGCUCCUGAACCCCUCCCAGGUCCUCCUCUGGUCCGCUCUCGGCUCUCCAUAGACUCCGACUCGGACAUGACGGAGAGUGUUGGACUCCUGCAGGAAGUGAGCAUGCCGCCCCUCAUCGUCUUCAUCAUCGGCGGUCCAGGAAGCGGGAAGGGAAGCCAGGCGGCGAGGCUCGCUCAGCGCUUCAGAUUCAGAGUCCUCUCAUUGGACGAGCUGCUGAGGAGGCAAAUGCUGAGCCACGCCUCCCCCGGCAGGAAGUGGGAGGUGAUAUCGGAGAUGAUGGGCCACGGAGAACUGGGCCUGCAGGAGGAAACCAUCUCAGAACUGAGGCACCAGAUGAUUGGUCAGUCCGAGGUCAGAGGGUUCAUCGUGGAUGGAUUCCCAAGAGACGUCCACCAGGCCCUCAGCUUCCAGGAGCAGAUUGGCUCUCCUGACCUGGUGCUGCUGCUAAUCUGCUCCAAUCAGACGCUGCACUUCCGUCUGCAGCAACGAGCCGCGCAGCUCGGCCUUCUGGGAGAUAACAUUACCGCCCUGAGGAGACGCCUGGACUCCUUCCACAGAGACAUCACCUCCGUCAGCAGAUACUACAACCAGCUACACGUGCUGACACAGGUGGAUGCAGACAGGCUGGAGGAGGCAGUGUUUUCUGAUCUGAGUGCAGCGGUCAGAGAGAAGCUGCUGAAGGACUCCUCAGAUCCUUCUGAUUUCCCAGCAUGCAUCAGUGUGGCCCGCCCUCACAUGAGAUCCUUGGAGCAAUGCCUGACGAUGGAUGAUCGUAACCAUGUGAUGGAAGAGUAGUGUCUGACAGUAGUACUGUUACUGUGAUGUUCACAAUAUGGUAGUAUCUGACUGUAGUACUGUUACUGUGAUGUUUACAAUAUGGUAGUAUCUGACUGUAGUACUGUUACUGUGAUGUUCACAAUAUGGUAGUAUCUGACUGUAGUACUGUUACUGUGAUGUUCACAAUA